GGCGCCGUCUUUCCCCAGCAUUCUCUAUUUACUUCCGGGUUCACCAAUACUGAAGAGAGAGCGUGAGUCGGGGAGCGGUUUGGCUGAGGGGUUCGGGGUUCCGUCUCUCCUGCCACUUCCUGAGGCCGGCGGCUUUCGUCCCCGCCAUGGCUGAGCUAAUCCAGAAGAAGUUGCAGGGAGAAGUGGAGAAAUAUCAACAGCUGCAGAAGGACUUGAGUAAAUCCAUGUCAGGGAGGCAGAAACUAGAGGCACAACUAACAGAGAAUAAUAUCGUGAAGGAGGAACUGGCCCUGCUGGAUGGGUCCAACGUGGUGUUUAAACUUCUGGGACCGGUGCUGGUCAAACAGGAGCUGGGGGAAGCUCGGGCCACAGUGGGGAAAAGGCUGGACUACAUCACAGCUGAGAUUAAGCGAUAUGAAUCCCAGCUCCGGGACCUAGAGCGGCAGUCAGAACAACAGAGGGAGACCCUUGCUCAGCUGCAGCAGGAGUUUCAGCGGGCGCAGGCGGCCAAGGCAGGGGCUCCUGGGAAGGCCUGACCCUGUCUUGGGGGGUGGGGGAGGGGAAGGAAUGAGGCAGCUCUAGGGUCUAUACUGUAGUUAAUAAAAUGUGAAAAUAUCUGUCGUGUUCUGACCAGCCA